AUGGAUGCACAUGCGCUGCUGUCUUCACAAGGUUGGAGAGGUACCGGCCACUCCCUCCACAAGACCGACGACUCGAUCGGACUCGCGAAACCUCUACUCUUGAAUCGCAAAGACAAUACCAAAGGACUGGGCCAAAAACAACACUUUACCAGUGACCAAUGGUGGAUGAACGCUUUCGACGAGCAACUUAAAGGCAUCGACACUUCUAAAAAGGGAAAGGUGAUACAGACCAUCACCACCGGCAAGCUCAACGUUAUCGACAAGAACCUCGGAAAAUACUCCGUCUACUCAACCUUUGUCCGAGGCGGAUUCCUUGAAGGAACGAUAGACAGACUCAAACUCAACGACUCGAGCGCAGAGUCAUCGGACACGGAUUCCAGCGAUCAGAAGGACUCGAGCAAAUCUGACAAGGACAAGCCCCGAAAAGAGACCAAGGAAGAAAAGAGAGCACGAAAAGAAGAAAAGAAGAAGCGCAAGGAGGCGCGUGCCGCGAAAAGGGCCGCGAAAGCUGCGCGCCGAGAGCUGAAAAAGUCAAAGAAAUCAUCCAAGUCGUCCAAGUCAUCGGCCGAAUCAAGCGACGCAGACGAGGAGAAGCGAAGGCGAAGGGCCAAGAAAGAAGAAAAGAGAAGGCAGAGAGCAGAGGAGGCUGGAAAAUAG